AUGGGUGAAGUGCUUGCUGAUGAUAAUUUUUUACAGCACUGCGUAAAGCAUUUAAAAAGAAAAGAUACUAUUUUUCUUAAGUCUGCAGAUAGAUGUUGCAUCAUCCAUCACCUUUUAAGAUUCUACGUGGACAAGGUCUUCAAGCACUGUGAGACUGAGGAUUCUCAUGUCAACCGGAAAAUCAGCAGCAUAGCCAAUUCUUUCCUCAGCAUCAAGAAGAAAUUCAGACAAUGUAAUGAACAAAAUGCGUGCAAUUGUGGAGAGGAAGCAAUAGAGAAAUAUAAACAAAUUCUCACCAAUUAUGGACAGCUGAACAUCGCUUCUGCAGCAAUGAAAUCCCUUGGGGAGCUGGAUAUCCUCCUAGACUGGAUGGAGAAGGCUCAUUAGAGAACAGAAUACAAUAACCAACAUGCGACUUUUAAAGGUGCUUUAAAGUUGUGCAGCUGCCAUGGUGAUGAGUGUGCAAUAAGGUCUUAAUCCAGCUUUCUUUGGGGGUCUUCCCAUUGACCUGAAUUGGCAAUGUAAAUGUUUAGACAUUGCUCCUUUACGCAAGACAAUUAUUUCAAGCUCACGUGUGGUUUUUCAAAUCACAGCACUUAUAUUCCUGAUUAGCCUUGAAAGACUUUCUCUGCUAUUAAGGGUAGUUUUUAAUUAUUCCUUUUAGUCGUGGUUAGAUGAGUCUCUUGAGCAAUUUAAUGAAAUUAUUGUUUAGAUUGUGUGCUCUUUGGGACAGGGACUGUAUCUUCUUCUGUGUUUGGAAAGCACAGCGCACACCUUGGGAGCUACUUCAGUCUAGAUAUUAGUAAAGAAUGAUGCUUACAACCCUAGGGCUCAAUCUUACAAGACCCCCUCAGGUAGUGAACUCCCAUUGAAGCUAACAAGAGUACAGCCUGGGGAAGGCUUGCAGGAUUGGUCCCUGUAACGGGCUGUGCUCACCACCAUGGUGCCUCUUGCCGGUUGUUCUAGGAAUUAGCUCUGUCCAGCAGCAGGGCGUCCCCCUCUGGUGGUGUCUCACUCUCCAUUACUGCUGUCUGUGGGGACCCGCGUCACUCCCGGACCUUGGUGUCCUCUUCAGGGCACGACCCUCCGGCUGUGCCCCAACUCCAUUGUCUCCCCCCUUCCGGGGGAACUGGCAGUCAUUUACCCAGACUCUCACCACAGUGGCGAACUGCAGCCCCUCGCUCAGGGGCAAACUGCAGUCCUUUGGCUGGCCACUUACUUCGGCAGUCAGUGGGGCAAAGGGGCGGGGGGGAAAGACCCACCCACUACUCUGGGCCCCGACCCAGGGACCCUAUGGCUGGCAGCCACUCACUGCUUCUCCUUCCCCUCUGCUGCUAUCUACUUUCCCUGCGCCACUUCUCUGUAGCUCCAGCACCUACUCGGCCCCUGUAUCAAGGCCUCACUCUGGGAGCCAGCCAGGCUGGAGCUCUGCUUGCUCCCCUGACCCUGCCCAGCACUGCUCUGUCCCAGGUACUUCUCUCUGUAGGCAGCCAGUCCUUCUCCCUCAAGCUCCGAGGGAGACUGAGCUCCUCUCUGCCCUGCAGCCCUUCUUAUAGGGCCCAGCCUGGCCCUGAUUGGCUGCUUCUAAGCCUUCCUCUGAUUGGCUGGGUUCUGUGCCGCCACUCCAAGGGCUGCUAUUAACCCUUUGCCAGCCAGUGAGGGGCAGCUGCCCCAUCAUAGUCCCCUAAUUUUUUUUUUUAAACCACAAAAUAAUUACUAUUGUCUCUUGAAAUAAUGCUUAGCAUCAUGUUUUUCUACAUGUGAAACCAUUUUCUAUGUAAGAUAAUUUAUUCCCAAACAGAAAAAGAACUGAGUUCUUCCUAUAUGUAUUAUGUUAUCUGCAAGACACUCAAUAAGUAUAUAUUGUAUUGAUCAA